AUGUCCUCAUAUACGUGCUGGCCGUUCAGACGGUCCGAGUCAACAAACCAACCUAUCAAUCAAACUUCCAACACCGCAGAAGAUGGCUUGAAACUGUUAUACGAAGGUGAAACCCCACAGGUGGAUAUUGUGGCGGUUCAUGGGCAGGGUGGCCACCGCGAGAAAUCAUGGACGACUGAGAGUGGCGUCAACUGGCUUCAGAGUCUACUUCCCGUUGAUUUACCCAACACGAGAAUCCACACGUGGGGAUAUGCUUCGACAUACACCGACGACCCUGAAACAUCGCAAGACACUUCCGAGAGACUAGUGUCGGAGCUGUUCACGAUGAGAAAAAUGACUGGAACACUCUCCCGUCCGAUCAUCUUCAUAGCCCAUAGUUUCGGGGGCACUAUUGUCAAAAGCGCUCUUUUGUUCUCUCACAAUUCACGAGAAGGUCGGACACUCUGUCUCCGCAACAUCAGCCUCUCAACUCAUGGUGUAAUUUUCAUGGGAACGCCCGAGUUAGAAUCCAGGCUCUCCGGGCUCCAGGCCUUGCUGGACAGCAACGUCACAGCCGAGACUGAGCAGACUGAUGCACAGAAAGAAGCUCGCUGGAUGCUGGACGUAUUGCAACAGUACUCGGCACUCGGCACGAAGUUCAAAACUCUCUACGCCUACGAAAGCCUCAGUUCCCCAUCCCUGGACAAUCCGUCCAUGUCACAACGGCUCACUCCAUCCAUAUUGAUCGAUGCCACGCAUGGGGAUAUGAUCAAGUUCGGGUCGAGUCUUGACGAGGGCUACGUGAAGAUCAAAGAAAACAUCGACGAAAUGAUUAACUCGGCAACGGAAAGUUGA